CUAUAAAACCCUAAAAAUCCAUUAGGGUUUUCUCGUUCGCUCUUCGCACACCACACUGAUGGCGUGCACAAUCGACUUCCGCUGUCUCGACGAGGGUUUUGGCGGCAAAACCUACAAGCGCAAGAGAGAGCAGCAGUCGCAGCCUCAGCACGACGCCGCCGCCGAUGACGUCAUCGACGGCGCCUCUCUGAUGGACACCGACGACGCACUCCCGCCGCCGGCGAAGCGAUCGGCGCUGCCAUCGUCGGAGAACCCGGACAAGCCGGCGUUCGGUCAUCCGAGCUACGACGGCGUGAUCGCCGGGAGGGUGUCGGGGCGGAAGUGGAAGCAAGUGCGGCAGCGGAGGGCGUCGGCGGCGCAGGUUAGCCGGAAGGGGACGACGUUCGAGCAGAGGGAGAGGGAGAAGGUGAUAAAGAAGGCGUACAAGGAGAGGAUGAUGGAGCUGAAGGAGGAGAUUCGGUUGAACAAGGUCGAGAAGAGGAAGAAGAAAGAGGAGAGGGAGAAGAAAAAGCAGGAGAAUAUCAUCAGAUCUGGAACCAAGUUCCAAAAGAUUACAAACCCUAAUACUUUGAAGAAGAUCGCCAAAUCCAAGCAGAGGAAGCAGCUUAGGGUUGUUCCUGAUGAAUUGGUUAGGAAAUAGUAUGUUUUGUUUUGUUUUUUUAUCUUUUUCAAUUCGGUUUUUAUAUAUUGCUUUUUGGUGGAAAAUUUUGUAGUAUUGAGAUUUCAAUUGAUGAUUAGUAUACAAGUUUCUGUGGUAACUGAUAGUUGUUUGCUUUUGAGCUCCCUCAGGUUUCAAUUAAGGAUGUAAAAUUUUCACAUUUAAUCUAUAGAAAUCGCAAAAUUCCGUCA